AUGUUCAAGGACAGCCGAGACAUUGAGAGUCCGCCCCAUCUCGACCGUCAUGCUUCCGACGACCAGCCCAUCCUCGAGCCACAGCUCAAUGUGGGCGGACAUGGUGCAACGCAGCGCCAUCUGAGAAACUACCAUGUCACCAUGAUUGGCUUUUGUUCCGGCAUUGGCACUGGUCUGUUCAUUGGAACGGGGGCUGCGUAUGCCAGUGCUGGUCCUGCUGGCUUAUUGCUGGCGUAUAUCAUUGUGGGCAGUGUGUUGUGGUGUGUUAUGCAGAGUAUUGCAGAGUUGGCUACCGUGAUUCCUACUGCUGGUUCGUUUCCUCACUUUGCUAGCCGGUUCAUCGAUCCUGCCGUUGGGUUCUCCCUAGCCAUCAGUUAUGGAUACUGCUACACGAUAUCCAUCGCAGCAGAGUGCUCCGCCUCCGCCAUCCUCGUCGGAUACUGGACCGACAUGUCUCCUGCCAUUGUCAUCACCAUCAGUCUCGUCCUGAUCCUCGCCAUCAACCUCUCCAACGUACGUUGGUUUGGCGAGUCCGAAGUCAUUGCCGGCUCCAUCAAAAUCGCCUGCUUCCUCGGUCUGAUACUCGUCUCCAUCGUCAUCACCAGCGGCGGCGCCCCCAACCGCGAAACUAUUGGUUUCCGAUACUGGCAUCAACCCGGCGCCUGGGUCGACUACAACGGCAUCACCGGGUCGACAGGCCACUUCCUCGGCUUCCUCGCCGCCUUUGUAAACGCCUCCUUCUCCUUCAUCGGCGUCGAAGUCGUCGUCAUCACAGCGGCAGAGAGCAUCAACCCCCACACAGCCAUACCCCAAUCCGCCCGCCGCGUCACCUACCGCAUCGCCCUCUUCUACAUCCUCGGCGCCCUCCUCAUCGGCCUCAUCGUCGACCCCCGCAACCCCGCCCUCGUCUCCGGCACCGGCAACGCAAACUCCUCACCCUGGGUCCUCGCCAUCAAACACGCCCGCAUCACCGCCCUCCCCUCCCUCGUCAACGCCUGCAUCCUCAUCUCCGCCUGGUCCGCAGGCAACAGCUACUGCUGGGUCGGCUCCCGCAUCCUCCUCGCCAUGACAACCGACCACCAACUCCCCCAAAUCUUCGCCCGCACCUCCGCCUCGGGCGUCCCUUAUAUCGCCGUCCUCGCCUCCUGGUCCUUUGCACCCCUCGCCUACCUCAGUCUCGGCACCGCUGGCCCCGCCCAGGCUUUUGCCUGGCUUAUGAAUCUCAGCACCGUUGCUGGCCUGAUUGCUUGGGCGACGCUUUGUUUUGCGUACAUUCGCUUCUUUGCUGCCUGUCAGGCUCAGGGCUUACAUCGUGAUAGUCUGCCCUGGCGGGGGCCGUGGCAGCCGUAUACGGCGUGGUAUGGGUUUGUGGGCGCUACGCUCAUUACGCUCAUUACUGGCUUUCCAGUCUUUUUGCGGGGGAAUUGGAAUACGGCGGAUUUUGUGGCGUCGUAUGUUGGGAUUCCGAUUUUUGUGCUGCCGAUUUUGGGGUGGAAGGUUGUCAAGGGGUCAACGUUUCGGCGCGCUAGUACGAUUGAUUUGUGGUCUGGACGGUUGAAGACGGAGGCGUAA